AUGGGGGACGAUCCGGGGAGGCUUUAUCGGUUGGAUGGAGUUGCUCAUAUCGCCGGGGUGAUCAACGACGAGCCUCGGCGUUGCAUAUCCAGCGUUAGGCGGCAGCAGGGGAUGCGUCUUGAUGAGAGGUACGUUCCGUACUUGCAGAUGGCCGGAUUGUACCAUCUUGCAAGACUGAACGACAGAUGGUUCCGACUAGACGAGCCCCAUGUCAGUGCAUUCGUCGAGAGAUGGCGGCCUGAGACACACACCUUCCACAUGCCGUUCGGAGAGUGCACCAUCACGCUUCAGGACGUCGCAUACCAGCUGGGGUUGCCGGUGGACGGACAUUACGUUAGUGGUUGCCUGACAGACUUCCACCUAUACAUUGAGGGUGGGAGGCCAGCUUGGCAGUGGUUCCAUGAGUUGCUCGGUGUUUUACCUCCUGAGAACCAAAUUCAGAAAUUCGCAGUGAACUGCACCUGGUUCCAGGAGACAUUUGGAGAGUGUCCCCACGGGGCUGAUGAGGAGACAGUUAGGCGCUUUGCCCGUGCCUACAUCAUGAUGUUGUUGGGCACGCAGCUGUUUGUCGACAAGUCCGGCAAUCGUAUACACAUCAGAUGGCUACCCUUUGUUGCUAGGCUUUAG